UAUAGAAAAAGUCAAAAGCAUAUGUGUAGCAAAGAGAGAUUCUGUUAUGGACAGGAGUAGGCGUUUUCAACGUCGAAACCCUUCUGCUUCUUCUUCAAACAGUUCCCGCUUCACUCCCUCCAAAUCCUCCGAUCUCACUCCGCCCACCCGUAAAUCUGGUCCCAAUUCCGACGAUAACACUCGCCAUGGCCGAAUCGGACCUAGAAACUCUGCCCAACAAGGACAAGAUGAUCCAAAUGACCUCUCCACUCUUCCCACCAUUGUUGGAAGUUGCCCUUUUAUGUGUCCAGAGGGGGAAAGGGCACAGCGUGAGAGGCUAAGAGAUUUGGCUGUGUUUGAAAGACUGAAUGGAAAUCCAGCUCUAUCUUCUCCAAGCUUGGCCGUCAAAAAGUUCUGCAGAACGAUAACCACAAAGCAAAUGCAUACAUCAGAUGUUCGGCCUCUACCUGUAUUAGUAGAGACGCUGAAGUACCUUCUAAACUUGUUAGAUUCUUCAGAACGCUCCUUUGAAGUUAUUCAUGACUUCGUUUUUGAUAGGACAAGGUCCAUAAGGCAAGAUCUAAGUAUGCAAAAUAUUGUCAAUGACGAAGUUAUCCAUAUGUAUCAGGAAAUGGUUAAAUUCCAUGUCAUAUCACAUUACAAGCUCCGAAGUUGUAGUAAUUCACAAGAUGCUUCUUCACUACAUUACCUUAACAUGGAGCAGCUCACUAAGACUCUGACUUCACUAUUUAAUUUAUACGAAGACAAUCGAAGUUCCAAUUCUGCUUGUGGGAAUGAAGCUGAAUUCCGUUCUUUUUAUGUGCUUCUUCAUCUUGGUUCUAACGGCCAACCUAUGGGUGAGUCAUUAUCUCUAUGGUUUCGUCAUGUGCCUUCCUUAAUCAUUCAUUCCAAGGAAAUGCACUUGGCUCGGGAUCUCUUAAGAUCUUUCAGGAUUGGAAAUUAUAAGCGUUUCCUAAUUGCUAUAGCAGCUGAGGCAUCAUAUCUUCAAUAUUGUAUCAUUGAACCUUAUGUUAAUGAGGUCCGAGCAUUGGCCCUCUCCUUUAUAAAUAAUGGUGCAUACAAGCUUCAUCCAUAUCCUCUGGCACACCUAGCAAAACUUUUGAUGAUGGAGGUAUCAGAUGUGGAGUCAUUUUGCAAAGCUUGUGGUCUGGAGAUUUGCACAGAUGAACAAGGAAAUAAUGUGUUACCAACCAAGCAAACCACCUUCUCUUGUCCCAAGGGAGGGUUUCAGCGCUACAGCUUUAAGGGUUUUGGACGGUUUGAGAAGGAACUCUAAAUUGUUCGCAGUGGAUAUAGGAAGGUGUAUGAGACAACCAUUUUCCAGCUUCCAUACCUAAAUUUGCUACUUCAUGGUAUGCAAAUUAUGUCGCGAGAUAAAAUAAAUAAUUGCAUGCUGAUUCAAACCACUAGUGCAAUUGCUGAACUAUAAAUUAUUCAACUGCAACAGCUUCGGGAGAGACUGAGGCAUUUGACUUUUUCCUAAGUUUGAUAGAAUAAACUAUAUCUAAGGGCCCAGCAAUCGUAAUCUUAUGAAAUCUCUUACCUUUUUAGCCAAAUUUGGUCCUUCCUUAUGAAAGUUGUAAUCUCUGUACUUGUAAAGUUCCACAAAAACAGUAUGAAGUAUUGAAUAGUUCUCACUGUACAAUUGCUUAUUAUCUUAAUUGUGUGUGAUCUUUCUCUUCUUCGAGAAUAUUUCAAGAUUAGGUUGUGAUUAUCAGAACUCCA